CAUCCUGUAUUUAGGACUGUUUUGUCAGCCGUAAGCUUCACUUUUGUCCAGUUCCUUCAUGUUCACUUCACUGUCAGUGUGAAAACUACUCUAUAGAGAGAGAGACUGACGGUCUCAACAACCAACUCAGGAUGUUUGUUCUCAUUUGGGCGACUCUGCUUUUCUCUGUGAAGGACAGCAAUGCAGACACAGGUGCAUCACAAAAAAGAAGAUUAUGUUAUGGUGGUUCUUACUGCAUCACUUUGAUUGACGGAGAAAUAAGAGCAGAAGCUGGACUCUGUGUUGUCAUACCGUGCUCUUUCACCACCAAUUGGAGGUUUACUCCCCAAAGUAUUGAUUGGUUCAAAUGUGAGCCAAACACAAGAUGUAGUGAUUCAGAUGUUAUAUUAAACAGCGACAGAGGAGUAGUUCAGCCUGGGUUCAUAGGUAGAGUAACACUGCUGGAGUCUGACAUUUCUCAGAGGAACUGCAGCAUCAUCAUCGACGACCUCACUGCCUCAGACUCUGGAUCGUAUCAGCUCAGAGUCAACGGUGUCAGUUUUUCGAACCCGGACAGAUAUCAGUAUCCUUCAAAAGCAACUGUUUCUGUUCAAGAUCUGACUCAGAAGCCCACAAUGAUGAUUCCUCCUCUGAAGGAGGGACAGCAGACCACACUGAGCUGCACUGCUCCUGGUCUCUGCUCUGGAUCUGUUCCUGAAAUCACCUGGAUGUGGAGAGGAGGAGGAGUAAAUGACACCCAUAUCACAGGAAACAUCUCUGCUGUCAAGACUGAGAAUCUGAGACACAGUUCAACUUCGACCUUUACACCCUCAGCUGAGCACCAUGGCACUGAUAUUACCUGUAAGGUCAGCUUCACAGGCGGGAUGACAACAGAGGAGACAGUGACUCUGAAUGUAACCUAUGUAAAGGAAGUUAAAGUCUCAGGGAAUACACGUGUGAGGGAGGGUGAGACUCUGAAUCUGACCUGCAACAUUGAGAGUUUCCCUCCAUCUCUCAUCACAUGGACAAAACUCUCUGAUAAAAACAUGCAAAGGGGAACAGAAACAAAUCUGCAAAACAACGCUUCAACCAUCCAGGAGAACCAAACUGCAACCUGCCUUCAGGAAGGAGUCGGAGAGGUGACUUUAUCUAUCUCUAAUGUGACUGCAAAGGAUUCAGGACUGUACGUCUGCACAGCAAAACAUCUGAACAACACCCUGAUGGAAGAAGCUGAUGUUAAAGUGAUAUAUAUGAAAACGCCUGUAAUCACUGGGAAUGUGUCUCUUAAUAGAGGAGACGCUCUGAAUCUGACCUGCAGUGUGGAAAGUUUUCCUCUGUCUCAUAUCACUUGGACUCUUCCUCGUUCUGACACUGACCUGCAGAAUGACACCGGAUCAUCCACACUCAUCAUCAGUAAUGUGAAGGCAGAAAACUCUGGAAGAUACAUCUGUACAGCAAAACACCUGAACUCGACCGUCACUGUAUUCUCUGAUGUUUCUGUGACUUGGUUUCCAAGCAUCUUUAAAAACUCUGGAUGUGAGAUUCAGUCGAGGGUCUUGACUUGUGUUUGUCUCAGUGAAGGUUUUCCUUUACCAACCAUCAAAUGGCCGCUGUUGAAGAACCAUACUCAGUACUCUGUCAUUACUGCUGUGACAAACCACAUAGUCAACAGCACUCUCACACUAACUGUACAAGACCACAGCAACACUUCUGCUGAGUGUGUCAGCAGCAAUGAAAAUGGAGAAGUCAAAGAAAGCCUCACCAUCCUGAUUAACAUGCCAGAAAAACAAGCAGAUCAGUCCUGGGGAUCAAAAAUAUUUUCAUGGCUGGAAGUCCUCCUUGCAUUUUUACUGGGUGUACUUCUGACAGCUGUCCUUUGUCUUUUGGCAAAAAAAUGCCACAGACAAAGACAGAUGACCUCUGGAAAUCUGAAUAAGACUUUGGAGAUGGUGACCAGCCAAGAAGAUCCACUGAUAGAUGCCGGUCAAGAAGCAGAAGAUGAUCACACCUAUGAUCAAGAGGUAACAGAAGGAGGAGAGGCUGUGGCAGAGGAGAAAACCACCUCCGAUCCGGAUGUAGGACCAAAAGACGUGGAGUACGCCAGUAUUGAUUUCACAGUGCUGAAAAGAAAGACAGUAAAGAAGCAAGAGACCACAGAGACCACAGAGACAGAGUACGCUGAAAUUAAGAAAGAAGGAAAAGAGCAAAGAGAAAACCAUGAUGGGAUAAAUGGUGAAAUGAUGCAGGGAAAAGAAGAGGAGGUGUUGAUAGGGGAGGAAGAAGAGACAAAAAUACAUGCCUUAGAAGAAGAGGAUGAUGCAACAGUAUACUCCACUGUGAAGGAUGUACUAGAUGAGAUUUGAAGACUUUAUUGUUGACUUGUUUUGAGGUGAUGUUUCAGGAUCAGAUGUGAAAAAUUAAUGUUAUGAACUUAUGAUGGACAGAGGUGGCUAGUAACGAGUUACAUUUACUCCGUUACAUGUACUUGAGUAGUUUUUUCAAAAAAUUGUACUUCUGAGAGUAUUUGUU